AAUCCCUUCUCGCAGAUCGAUCUUUUUGACCCCACAAAUUGAUUUGACGUUCCUAGAUACACAAUGCUGGGCUUAUGAAUGCUAUACUUGCUCUUGCAUCCCAGCAUCUUGCAUUGAAUACUUGGCUAGAUGAAAACAAUAUUCCAAAUAAGGAGGAAGAAGCUCUUCAAUAUUAUCAUCAGACUCUUUACUAUGUGCAAAGAGCCAUGCAAUACCCUAGCUACCAGACAAGUCUGGAGCUCCUCACAAUGACACUGAUUAUUUCUGCCUAUGAAAUGCUUGACAAUUCCACCAACGACUGGGAAUGGCACCUUGAAGGAGUAUUCCUAAUUCAGAGGUCCCAGACCAUCCAUGGAGAAUCCAGUGGACUGCAUUCAGCUGUGUGGUGGAAACCACUUUCUGCACUAUCACCACAUGAACUCGCUACGCGCGCAAUCUACAUUACCACAAAGGUACUUAGCUACUGUGCUGAAGCCAUGACUGAAGAAAACAUCCAGCCUCAGAUUCAUGAGGUAGCUAUCGACGAGAAUAAUUGACAUGAGGAAGGAAGAAAGGAGGUAACGCUGUAGUUAUCAAUAAAGCAAACAACUGCAACUCACGUGACAGCCAGCCAAUGUGACCAGGCCGUCACACAAGUUGUCUUCACACCAUGCUG